AUGGUUAAAUCUUGUAUUGCUUGUCCCAAUGUACAAUCAAAAUCAAGUACUCUUACAUUUCACCGUCUUCCAGUUAACAAAGAAAAACGCCAUAUUUGGCUGAAACGACUCAAUCGACUUGAUUUAAAAGACUGCUCACACCGCGUAGUAUGCGCUCUUCACUUCACAGCUUCUUCAUUUUUAGGCAAUACUUCAAUAAAGAAGAAUGUCAACGACAUUCAUCGAACUAGAAACCGUUUGAAGUCAGAAGCUAUUCCAACUGAAUCUAUUGGAAUCAUCGAUAUCAAUACUGAUUCUCGUUCGAUUACUACUCAAACUGAUAUUGAUCUGACAUCUCUUUCAGAUCUGUUCGAAAAACUGUCAUUGUUCCAGAAUAAUAUAAUAAAUACAACUAUUUGUAUUGAACGCUUUAGAAACGAUGAUACGAACAUCAAAUACUACACCGGGUUUCGAUCUUACGCCGUCUUCAAGAUGGUAUUUGAACUUCUUGAGAGUCACUACGACGAAUAUUUUGUUGGAUAUCCAUUAAGAACUGAAUCCAUUGUGCAAUAUUCUAAAUCAUCAACUAUAUACAACUUAUCCAAAGAAAAUCAGUUUUUUCUUUUCAUGGUUCGAUUACGUCGAGCGACUGAAGAACAUGAACUAGGUAUAUUCUUCAACAUCUCACAAACCACCGUUAGUCGCAUUGUUAUUGCAUGGACACGCUUCAUAUACUCCGUUGUCAGCUCCAUCUCCCUUUGGCAAUCCAAAGAACAAAUACAAAACACUCUUCCAUUUGAGAUCAAGAAGAAUUAUCCAGCUGUUCGAGUUAUUGUUGAUUGCACGGAAUUUAAAAUUGAACAACCAACAAAUCCUCAAGCUCAACAAGAUACCUGGUCCACAUAUAAGAACACCAAUACUGCCAAAGGACUUGUUGGUAUUACGCCAAACGGCAUAGUAUCGUUCAUUUCACCUCUUUUUGGAGGUGCAACUUCCGAUCGGGCUCUCCUCAACAUGGAAGGUCCUGAUAGUCUUCUUCAGCUACUCGAAGAUGGAGAUCAAAUAAUGUCGGAUCGUGGUUUUGCAUUGGAUCAAAAGCAUUCUAAAUUUCUUCUUAUUCAUCCACCAUUUCUGGAACGUCGGUCACAGUUAUCUUUCGAAAAAGUCAUUGAAACUUGUAUCAUUGCUCGCCAUCGCAUUCAUGUUGAAAGAUGUAUGGGCAAAAUAAAGAACUUCAAGUUACUCAAUGGUAUCAUACCACAGAAAUCAAUCUAUCUUUUGAACUUUUGGUUCUAUAUUUGUACAUUUUUUACUAUCUUUGAUAAACCACUCGUUCAAAUUAUAUAG